CUCCUUCACAACCUCCAUCUAACUUCAAUGUCACUCCAACCUCCUCUACUGGUUUAACAGCAUCAUGGCAACUACCACCAGCAAACUCCAGGAAUGGAAUAAUUAAAGGAUUCAAAUUGUUUUACAAAAGGAAAGACUCGUCAGGCUCAGGCACCAUUCUUUUUAUCAACAGUGAAUCAGCUUUAAACAAAAAUGUCAAUGGGCUUAAUGAGUACACAGAGUAUGAAUUUCAAGUGUUGGCCUUUACUUCUGCUGGUGAUGGCGUAAACAGCUCUGUUGUUGUUGAGAGAACAAAAGAAGAUGUUCCUUCACUGCCGCCUAGUGGCUUUACUCUAGCUGCAAGCACUUCUACAAGUAUUACAGCAUCCUGGCAGUUACCACCAAAAGACUCCAGAAAUGGAAUCAUCACAGGAUAUAAAUUGUUCUACAAAAAGAAAGGCUCAUUAGGGCCAGCAAGCAUGCAGCCCAUUAACAGUCAAGCAACUCGCUCUCAAGAGGUCACAAGGCUUGAUAAGUACACAGAAUAUGAAUUUCAAAUAUUGGCAUUCACUUCUGUUGGGGAUGGACCAAAAAGUACAGUUGUUUAUGAGAAAACAAAGGAGGCGGAGCCCAGUCACGGACCAGAAGAUAUAUCUUCCUCUGCAGUGAGCUCCGCAAAAUUCAAUAUAACUUGGCGUGGACUGUCAAGAGAAGUAGCCAAUGGCAUUAUCAUAAACUACGAAGUUAGGCUCAGUGUAGUAGAAAACUGUACAGCGAUCAAGUCUUCCUAUAAUUCAACCAUUAACGCGACCACCACUUAUGUUAUCGUGACUGGACUCUCUUUGUGUGCCAAGUAUGAGGUGUCUGUUAGAGGAUACACUGUUGUGGGGCCUGGACCCUACAGCAACCCUGUAAUGGUGCAGACAUUGGCUGCGGUUUGGUCUAAAGAAACGCCAUCUUCACCUUCGUUUUCUGCAAAAUCAAAUGAAGGAGGAAUUUCAGUUAAAGUCACGCUUCCACAUUUUCCUGGAAAUGCAAGGUUUUUCCAAGUUAUCAUCAUUACAUAUAGCUCAAACUAUACUGGUGCUGUAAACCCACCGGAAAGAUUUACAACACAAAACAUGAUGACGUAUGAAAAAGCGCACAAAUCUGCAGUUCCUGCUGCUUAUGUCGCUUUUCAGUUUAACGGAAGUGACUUUGAUAAAAAUCGAGAAUUUGUUGUAGGAGACGAAACGGAAUCCAGCAGUAAAGAAAGGAAUAAGAGAAGUAGUGGUGAUCACUUUUAUUACAACAAACCUCUACAGCUGAAUACAAACUACAAAGUGUUCCUCAGGGCUUUUGUCUCCGAGACUGUUUAUGUCUCCAGUAACUUUAUAGACAUCGACACCAAAGGUAAACCUAUCAUCAAAGGUCUCCCAAAGACAACCAUUACAAAAAUUGGCAAACUGGCAAUGUUGACUUGUGAGGUUAGUGGAGACGCUAAUGCUUCUGUUACCUGGACCAAAGAUGGACUAAGCAGUAUACCUCGCGCUCAGUUCGAGAACAACGAGAAAAUACUUAUUAUAAGGGAUGUUGUUCCUGGUGACAGUGGCGUUUAUGAGUGUAAAGCAAUGAACAUGUUUGGAGAGAGCCGUACUGCUACGAUAGUGAUUGUCGCUGUGCCACCCAGAAUUAUCGAAGAAUUUUCCCCUUCCUCAGUGAUAUGUGAAAAGCAAAGUCCGUGUUUUCUUUCAUGUCAAGCAACAAGUUAUAUUCCGUUUAACUACACUUGGACGAAAGAUGACCAGUUUCCAACUGGUGAUGGCAUCAAGUUCAUGAAUAACAGUAUCAUCGUCACGCCACAGAGUUCACAUGAUUAUGGGGAGUAUGUGUGUCACGCUACAAACAGCUUUGGGUCAACAGAGCUUAAAAUCACUCUGCUUUCUCCUAAGGAAAAUGAAGAUGAUGGCGGUAAAUGCCCUCAAAACGAUACACAAAGCAUCUUCCUUGCUAGUGUAAUGGUGCUGUCUUGUAUUGUGGUCGUGUUGCUCAUUAUAAUUUGUGGGCUGAUAUGGCAGCGGAGACGAGCUGUUCCCAAUAAAAGGACACAGAGUGAAGAAAAAACUGACUUUGAUGGCGUCAAAUCUUCACCUGAUCAACAGCGACGUGAUCAGCACGCUUCAGACCCGGACUUAUAUACGGAACUCAAACUCAGGUCUUCGAACCAAGAGUCUCAUAUUCCUACUGAGCAUCAGUCGUUACAGGAAGAACCCGAGAACCCCGGAUAUUACAAUGUGGUGUUUCAGAAAGAAAAUGGCGAGAAACAAAAUGAAGAAGUGUAUGUGGAAUUAUGCUAAUCUUUCAACUAAUUUUGUAUCCUUCUAGUUCAGAUUGUCCAUCUUGUGUUUUAUGCUAUGCUUAGUUAUAUGUGCAUGUUGAUUUGUUCUGUAUGAUCUAAUGGAGGACAGACGCAUAGAUGGCGUCACCAUUUAACAAUAUCUUGCUUCUUCAUUGUAAAUACAAAGAGAUUCCAUGUUGCCGUGAAUCUGUUCUGUAAUAAGUCACAGAAGACGUCAAAAUGUGCUAAAAAGAACAGUGCCAGACUCGACUGCGCUUCGUGUGCCACACUUAAGUUCUUACCACAUUUUGACGUCAUACAUAACAGAACAGACACACGCCUACAUGGAAUCUAAUUGGUAAUUAGAAACGGUACUUCGGUUUGUGAAAGACUUUGUUCUUGUCUCGCUUAAAGAAGCACUUCGUAAUUCGGCAAUGAAAUGCAUACGUUUGAAGUUUUCUCCUCCUCAUUAUCGUCAUGAUCACUCUUACUAUCGCAGUGUCGCAUAGAGUGCGGUUAUCUGAUAUAGCUGUAAGGCAAAUAUACAAGAUACACUGGUAACACUAGCUUACCCAGUAGAUCCUGUUUGCGAAUUUAUUCUGUUUACUACAAGAACAGACAUGACCUUUGUUAGUUUGUGAUCAAGGCAGUUUUGAAGUAAGGCCUUAAAGACUUCUUCAACGCGCAAUAACCUUUGAUUUGGUCCAUUUAAAAUUAAUUUCUUAUAUCUGUCUUAUAUUUUACAUGUAUCUGUAUAAUUGUAUCUUUUACUAUUGGUGUGAAAUUUCAUAAGAUGGAAUCGCGUAUAGCCAGAUCUGAACAUUUAGUUAUAACCUCGAAUGAGAAGUAAAUGAAAUUCAUAACUUUGGGCGAGGUCCCCAAACUAAACGAAACCUCAUAGGAGACAGUGGCACAUGCAUAAAAACUUACUUUUCUAAAUGAAUCCCUGUUAUCAAGUGAGAUUCAAUCCACAACAUUUUACACCGGUAGCAGCACGAGAAUUCGAAUUCAACUUAAGGUGUGCUCUGAACCAGCAGUAAAAAUGAAAUAAUUAAAUAUGCCAUUUUUUUUAAAGAGUCAUUGGAUGUAAACAUAGAACAAAGCGUAACAAUGUCAUAUAUUUUUUUUACCAGUACUGAAAGUUGUUCCUUAUAUUUUACCCUUUUAAAAGGGUUCUCUUUUCUGAGUCAUUUAUUGGACAUAAGGACGUUUUCAUCAUAUUUUUAAGUAAAUUCUUCUUAACUGUAAAGACAAUGUAUUGCAAUUGAAAAAUGUUAAGCAACAGAGUAUUAUUGGUAGGUGUUUGUAGAUAAGAGAAUGGAAAAUAGUACAAUAUUUUUGCUCCGUGAGAUAUUUUUUACUUACAGAGCACUUACUGAUUGAAGAAAAUGCUUGGAGAAGUUUUUCCGAGGCAAUAACAUUUUAGUAAGCAUUUAAAAUGCACAGAACUUGAGCAACAGAGUAGUUGUAGAUAAUGGA